ACUUUCCUCUCUCCGCCUGCCUCUGAGGCAGCAAAAGCGGCUUUGUGUCGCGUGACUCGGCCGGCUGGUCACGUGACUGGAAGGGGGUCAGUCUGCCAGGAUCCAAGAUGGCGGUUUGCAUCGCUGUCAUCGCCAAGGAGAACUACCCUCUGUACAUUAAGAGUACCCCAACUGAAAAUGAACUCAAAUUCCACUACACAGUGCACACCUCCCUCGAUGUCGUGGAUGAGAAAAUCUCAGCUAUGGGGAAGGCUCUUGUGGACCAGAGAGAGCUCUACCUGGGGUUGCUGUACCCAACAGAAGACUACAAAGUGUACAGAUAUGUGACCAACUCCAAAGUGAAGUUUGUUAUGGUGGUGGAUUCUUCCAACACAGCGCUCCGAGACAAUGAAAUCCGGAGUAUGUUCAGAAAGCUGCAUAAUUCAUACACAGAUGUCAUUUGCAACCCAUUUUAUAACCCUGGGGAUCAAAUCCAGUCCAGGGCCUUUGACAACAUGGUGUCGUCCAUGAUGGUGCAGGUUUGUUGAAGCUCUCGCACCUUCUCAUACCGCCGCUACCUAAAAAGGCCACCCCUUGUACAGUAUUGUUUGUUGGUUGUGUUAUGUGCUGCUUUCUUGAGUCCUGCUAUGCAAAAAUAAACUUUUUGAAAGGUCAGGAUAAGGUAGUGACCAGAUUCAUGCUCUACCAGGACGGCUUUUCUACACAGUAAGCCGCUUCAAAUUGACCGACGUAAUUCCUAUCGUCAUGCUACAAAAUGUUCUCAGAACACCACAUGUGAAUGUCCUCAUCGGUGAGAAUAGAAUUCAGGUCCAAGCUCAGACAAUGAAUAUCACACGCCCGGAGGUUGCGGGUCUACAUGAAAAGUGACAGAGCUCAAAAGGAGACUUAAAAAAGAAAACAGAAGCUGUAAUAAAUGGAAAGAGUUUAUUUGUGCCACAGUAGCAACUCACUGAUCCAAAAAAAAUUUUUUGUGGAGGUAGGUAACUCAGAAGUAAAAGAAAGUAGAAACUCAA